GCCGAGACGACCACAGACUACAGACGGGUUAACAGAUGAUGAACUGGAGCCGAUAAAAGUUGGUAUGAAGGCUCACAGCAGUAGAGUCGGAGUGUUUGUCCGAAUCAGACCAACGGCACACUUCUCUCAAGACCUCAUUGAAUGUCUUCCUGACGGGCAGACAGUGAACAUCCAUCACAGAAAAGACUCAAGGAAGCCCCAGGACUUGAGGAAAAGUCAGCUAAAUUCUUGGUCAUUCCGGGUGGCAGGCAUCCUGCAGGAUGUAUCCCAGGAAGAGUUGUACACCAGAGUGUGUAGGCGGGUGGUACUGGGAGCACUGGAAGGCUAUAAUGGUACUUUAAUGUGUUUUGGGCAGACAGGUGCAGGAAAGACUUACACCAUGACAGGAUCCACCGAAUCAUACAAGCAAAGAGGCAUCAUUCCUCGGGCCAUUCAGGAGGUGUUUCAGGAGGUGGACAAAAGGACUGAGCAUGCUGUCUCUGUUCACCUGUCCUACCUGGAGAUCUACAAUGAGACCCUGGUGGACCUGCUGUCAUCGCUACAAGGUUCACCACAACUGUCUUCUCGUAGCAUGGUGGUAGUGGAGGAGCCAGGCAGAGGGGUGUUCAUCAGGGGUCUGUCUCUUCACCCUGUCCACAGUGUGGAGGAGGCUCUUAACCUGCUGUUUGAGGGUGAGAUGAAUCGCAUUAUUGGAUCUCAUCCCUUGAACAGAAACUCCUCCAGGUCCCACUGUAUCUUCACUCUGCAUAUAGAGUCUCGCUCACGGACUUUGUCUGUUGCCAAGUAUGUCACUUCCAAGCUGAAUCUGGUGGAUUUGGCUGGGUCAGAGAGGCUGGGAAAGACCGGGUCAGAGGGUCAGAUGUUUAAAGAAGCCAUGUACAUCAACAAGUCGUUGUCUUUCCUGGAACAGGCCAUCCUGGCCCUGGCAGAUCGUCGCAGAGACCAUGUUCCGUUCAGACAGAGUAAACUCACUCAUGCCCUCAAGGACUCACUGGGAGGGAACUGCAACACUGUGCUUGUGGCCAACAUCUAUGGUGAGGCGGCACAGAUAGAAGAAACACUCUCUACACUGCGUUUUGCCAGCAGAAUGAUGUGCAUCCGGACAAACCCUGCUGUUAAUGAACACAUCGAUCCAGCAGCUCAGAUCAAGAAACUUCAGAAGGAUGUACACAUGCUGAAAGAGGAACUGUCCUUCUACAACACAUUGGUUAACCAUCCGAGAAUUAAGUACGAGUCAUUGUCUGAAGCCCAGCUGGCUGAGAUCCACAACCAGGUUCAGAGGUACCUAAAGGGAAGCCUGGAGGAAAUCAGUAUCAUAAGUAUCCUCCAGGUCCAAGCAGUGUUUGCCCAGUUCAAGGUAGCUGUGCAGGAACAGGAACAGAAGGUGAAGGCAGAGCUAUCCCAGACCUUCAACUUGAUGGAGAAAGACCAAAGUGCUAACACAACUGAUAGAAAGAAGUGGAAUACCAGAGACACCACUGGGGAUGUGGAGGCACUUCGCCCAAGUUCGACCAAAGCCUACACUAAAAUGCCUAGGGACAAACAGAGCCAAAGCAAGAGACAAGGAGAGGGGAGUCCAGUUUCAAGGAAGCGUUUGGAAAGUGUCUCCAAAUCAAAACUGAAUUCUGUCCAGAUGCCUGUGAGGGAACAGGGGUCACAAGAAGAAGUUACAGAGAGCCAGGACACGCAGGAAUCACAACCACCUGGCAAUGAACCCUUUAACCCUGACUCUACUCCAUCCAAAGCAGAAGCCUUUGAGGAUUUUAAAGUGGGACGAGGCAGCAAGAUCAACCGCAUCCUUAAGGAGAACAAAGCUGUUCUGCUGGAACGCCGCAGUUUUCUUCGACAGCUCACUGAGGAGGUCAAUGCUGUCAAGAGAGAGAUCGACUGCACCACAGCAACCAUACAGCAGCAUGAGACGAGAGGAGGCCAAGGUCAGUAUUUGGUUACGGAGGGGGAGCCAGAUGACACUUCAUUGAUGCAGCUCAGAGAGCUGAAGGCCCUGUACCGGCAGAGAUAUGAGGUGCAAUGUGACGUCAAGGCAGAGGUCAACUAUUGUCAACGUCUUGUGGAUCAGUGCAGGGAGCGCCUGCUUUCUGAAUUUGAGAACUGGUAUAAAAAGUCUUUCCCGGUGCCUGAAGAGGAGCUGGACAUAACCAUAGAUAGGACCCUUGAACAAGGGGAGGAUGACAAGGGGCUUCUGCCUGACAGCUCCAGCUCGGAGUCCUUCUACAACGCCCAAUACAGAAUGAAAAAAAGGAGGGCACUGUCCUUUACUCCGGCGCAAACUAACUCGUCUGCAAGGUCUGGACAGAGAAGACUUCCUCCUAUUCUACCUGGACACUCUCAGAGGACCCCUACGAGCUGCAAGCUGUGGACUGACCGACCAACCAUGACCGACAUACUUUUUACAACAAUUUCACUCAACUGCGUCUUCUUUGUUACGUAUCUGAUAUUUCUCCAGUUGACUAUAGAAUUGUGAUUGAAAUCUAACAUCUUUAACCAGAUGUUUUGUUUGUAUGAAUAUUAAUAUAUUUAAUUUAGUGUUUAAUAUUAAAAUCUUAAAAGCACAGUGUCAUAUUUUAGAGGGAGGCUGGUCUUUAUUGAGUUUCUCUCUCAUGUUAAUUGCUGUUACAUUUGUAAAUGUUUGCAUUGUUUGUAUUUGGAUUACAGUGUUCUGCUGACUUGUGACCCACACCUUGCAGAACGUAGCGGUCCCUUGUUCUGCAUAACCAUUAUGUUUAUAUAAAUAUACACACAACCUUUAAACACUACUUCAAUUGUCAAUUCAUAUGCAGGGAACAUUUUGCAAACACUUACAUAUGUAGAGUGAUGUCAAUUAAAUUACGUCCGCCAAAGGGAAGAACCACACUGAGGUCACUGUGCAACAAUCAAACCACACAAGAUCCCACCAUGGGGUGCAGACUAACAGUGACACGUGAUCACAGAUGAUUCACCCUACAAAUUAAAAGACCACUUAGAGACAAGCUCACUACAGGAUUCUAUUAUUUCUCUAUUUCCACACAGAGAAAAAUAAUUUAAACUAUUUUACACAAACCUACGCAAAACUUCUAUCCUAAAAGGUAGCCCAGACCCUUUAGCAGAUAACAUUCUUAAAGCGUGAGAGGAGAUCUAGAGAUGAUGUUUUACCUCUGUCUGAUUUGCAACACAUGCGUGAAACAAGACAGCUGAUGGAAGUGAAUGUGAGAGUGGAUGAGUGUUUGUGGCCAUUUCCCCUAGAACUACUUCUGGUUAGUGGGAUAGAAAAAAACUGUCUGCAUCUCAGCAGCUGUUGAGUGUUAUUGUCUGUGAUUGAUUGAGUUAGCUAAAAGAGAGAUGAGGGUGAGGAGUUACUGCUACAGAUGUUCGUACAUUUGUGAGUGGUAAGUGGGAGACCAGGAAGAGGGAGGCAGAACUGGAGGGAGACCAAAGGGCUGAUUCAGUGUUAUUUAUGUAGAGCAAGUAUCUCUUCAUUGAGUUAGUGAGCCAAUCCCUAUAGUGCACAGCAGGAAGUCCUUAUCAUUUAAGGGGCCCGGACCCCAGACUUCAGUCACACUGAUGCCUCUUAACAGAGAAACUAGAGGGGGGAGGCAGAAGUGAAAGCCAGGGGGUAAGGGAGGAGGCCGAAGCCCCGGCAGCUCAGCAUGCAGCCAAUACCUGGAUGUCGUAUACGGGUUUGGAAGAAGGAAUGGCAGCAAACUGUCGGUAGUCAAACUUCUUUGACGACAGGGACUAGAAGGAUAGCAAACAGGAAUGAGCAAAGGACGAGGAGGGAGAAAAGAGGAAAACGGGGGUUGGAGAAAUAUAAAAAGGAGGAGAAAAGAAUGGAGAAGUCAAAAGGAAAUUGAAUAAGGGUAAGGGAUGAGGGAAUAGAAAAAGGAGAGUAGGGAGGCAGAGAGGCUAAUGGGUGAUUCAAACAGCCAGCUGUGGCAUAUGAUUUUAGAGCAGUGUGUUCUUAGCUCCGAUUGGCUUGAGUGACAAUGAGCAAGAUGAUGGAUUAAUGCAUAUGUGAUUUGAAACUAAUCAACUUUUUCCCUUUUCCCAGCUGGUAAACCAACAAUCUUAUUUGUUGCCUUUUCUCAAAUUGAAGUCAGUAUUACAGCUUUGCUCAAAUAUUUGCUGAUUCAAGCUCUCCAUGUCCGUUCAAAGGAUGCAGUAAACUGUUCACACUGACAAAGAAGCCAGAGGAAAAA